UGAUUUUGCGGUAAUGUUCUCGAGAACCAUAAUUGAGCAGUUGCAUUGCGUUACUGGCACAUCACAAAAUUGGAAACAUGAACAUUGUGAUAUGAUUAUUCUGUAUCAGUUUUGUCCUUAUUCUACGUAGCUUCGUCAAUGCAAAGCAAAGGAAGGUAUUACAAAAUGAACAAAUUUGAGAUAGUCUGGCUGCCUGUCUUAUAUCUUCUUCUUUUGCUGUGCGAAAAUCCUGCUGAAGGAGCAUGCACACCAUCCUGUGAUUCAAAUGCAGUCUGUUCCGGUGGUACAACAUGUGUUUGCAACAUAGGCUACACUGGAAAUGGAUUGACUUGUACAGAUCAAGACGAAUGUACAUUAGGAACGCAUAACUGUGAUUCAAAUGCUGCAUGCACAAAUACUGCAGGCUCAUUCACCUGUGCUUGCAAUGUUGGUUAUACCGGAGUUGGUACAUCUUGUACAGAUCAAGACGAAUGUACACUAGGAACGCAUAACUGUGAUUCAAAUGCUGCAUGCACAAAUACUGCAGGCUCAUUCACCUGUGCUUGCAAUGUUGGUUAUACCGGAGUUGGUACAUCUUGUACAGAUCAAGACGAAUGUACAUUAGGAACGCAUAACUGUGAUUCAAAUGCUGCAUGCACUAAUACUGCAGGCUCAUUCACUUGUGCUUGUAAUGUUGGUUAUACCGGAGUUGGUACAUCUUGUGCAGAUCAAGACGAAUGUACAUUAGGAACGCAUAACUGUGAUUCAAAUGCUGCAUGCACAAAUACUGCAGGCUCAUUCACCUGUGCUUGCAAUGUUGGUUAUACCGGAGUUGGUACAUCUUGUACAGAUCAAGACGAAUGUACUUUAGGAACGCAUAACUGUGAUUCAAAUGCUGCAUGCACAAAUACUGCAGGCUCAUUCACUUGUGCUUGCAAUGUUGGUUAUACCGGAGUUGGUACAUCAUGUACAGAUCAAGACGAAUGUACAUUAGGAACGCAUAACUGUGAUUCAAAUGCUGCAUGCACAAAUACUGCAGGCUCAUUCACCUGUGCUUGCAAUGUUGGUUAUACCGGAGUUGGUACAUCUUGUACAGAUCAAGACGAAUGUACUUUAGGAACGCAUAACUGUGAUUCAAAUGCUGCAUGCACAAAUACUGCAGGCUCAUUCACUUGUGCUUGCAAUGUUGGUUAUACCGGAGUUGGUACAUCAUGUACAGAUCAAGACGAAUGUACAUUAGGAACGCAUAACUGUGAUUCAAAUGCUGCAUGCACAAAUACUGCAGGCUCAUUCACCUGUGCUUGCAAUGUUGGUUAUACCGGAGUUGGUACAUCUUGUACAGAUCAAGACGAAUGUACAUUAGGAACGCAUAACUGUGAUUCAAAUGCUGCAUGCACAAAUACAGCAGGCUCAUUCACCUGUGCUUGCAAUGUUGGUUAUACCGGAGUUGGUACAUCUUGUACAGAUCAAGACGAAUGUACUUUAGGAACGCAUAACUGUGAUUCAAAUGCUGCAUGCACAAAUACUGCAGGCUCAUUCACUUGUGCUUGCAAUGUUGGUUAUACCGGAGUUGGUACAUCAUGUACAGAUCAAGACGAAUGUACAUUAGGAACGCAUAACUGUGAUUCAAAUGCUGCAUGCACAAAUACUGCAGGCUCAUUCACCUGUGCUUGCAAUGUUGGUUAUACCGGAGUUGGUAUAUCUUGUACAGAUCAAGACGAAUGUACUUUAGGAACGCAUAACUGUGAUUCAAAUGCUGCAUGCACAAAUACUGCAGGCUCAUUCACUUGUGCUUGCAAUGUUGGUUAUACCGGAGUUGGUACAUCAUGUACAGAUCAAGACGAAUGUACAUUAGGAACGCAUAACUGUCAUGCAAAUGCUGCAUGCACAAAUACUGCAGGCUCAUUCACCUGUGCUUGCAAUGUUGGUUAUACCGGAGCUGGUACAGCUUGUACCGAUCAAGACGAAUGUACAUUAGGAACGCAUAAUUGUGAUUCAAAUGCUGCAUGCACAAAUACUGCAGGCUCAUUCACCUGUGCUUGCAAUGUUGGUUAUACCGGAGUUGGUACAUCUUGUACAGGUAUGUCUUCCUAACUGU